AUGCCACAAAUAAUCUUAUCAUUUUCUCUUUCCCUUAUUUUCCUCUUAGCUCUUACAUUUUGUUCCGUUCCAUCCCUAGCAAGACUCAAUAAUGUCCGUUCUAAUCUUAGUUCUUUAAUCAUCAACUUAAGCCGUUCGAGAAAUGUCAUCUCUCAAAAUUACGCUAUUAGUUCAAGUCUUCAAUCUGAUCCUUUGAUAUUCAAUGUGGUAGAGCCACUUAGAGCAAUUAGGGAUGGAUACUUGAUGUCCUUAAACAUAGGGACACCUCCACAAGUCAUACAAGUCUAUAUGGACACCGGAAGUGACCUUGCUUGGGUACCUUGUGGAAAUUUGUCCUUUGAUUGUAUAGAAUGUGAUGCAUAUUAUAGGACAAACAAAUUAACAAAUGCAUUUUCUCCAUUGUACUCUUCUUCAUCUUUGAGGGUUUCUUGUGGUAGUUCUUUUUGCACUCAAAUCCACAAUUCUGAUAACCCUUAUGAUCCAUGUAUUAUGGCAGGGUGCCCAUUAAUUACCCUUCUUAAAGGCACUUGUUCUAGACCAUGCCCUGGUUUUGCUUAUACAUACGGGGGUGAUGCAGUUGUCGUAGGGACAUUAACCAGCGAUUUACUGAGGAUACAUAGUAGUAGUCCUAGUACAACCAAAGAUAUCGAACGAUUUCGGUUUGGUUGUAUAGGAUCAACUUAUAAAGAACCCUUAGGAAUAGCCGGAUUUGGAAGAGGUUCACUUUCAUUACCAUCACAAUUAGGGUUCCUUCAAAAGGGUUUCUCCCAUUGUUUUGUUUCCUUCAAAUUUGCUAGUAAUCCUAAUAUUUCAAGCCCUCUAAUCAUAGGAGAAAUGGCUAUAUCUUCCAAAGAAACAUCCAAAUUCACCUCAUUAUUAACAAAUCCUACAUACCCUAACUACUAUUACAUUGGCCUAGAAGCUAUUACAAUAAGCAAUAUGACCUUAAAAAAAGUACCAUCCAAGUUACAAGAAAUUGAUUCUAAGGGUAAUGGAGGUAUGAUGAUUGAUUCCGGAACCACAUAUACACAUUUGUCUGAACCGUUUUAUUCAGAAUUUCUAUCAGAACUUGAUUCUAUGAUCCUUUACCCACGAGCUACUAAACUCGAGAAACAAAGUGGAUUUGAUCUUUGUUAUGAGGUACCAUGUCCUAAUAAUAAUAGAAGUUUUUGUAUGGAAAAUGAUGAUCUUCCUUCAAUUACAUUUCACUUUGUGGAUGAUGUUAGGUUGGUUUUGCCAAAGGGUAACAAUUUCUAUGCUAUUAGUCCUCCUAGUAAUUUUAGUGUUGUGAAGUGUUUGUUAUAUCAAGGUGUGGAUGAUGAAAUUGGUGGGCCUAGUGCAAUAUUUGGAAGUUUUCAACAACAAAAUAUUGAGGUUGUUUAUGAUUUGGAGAAUGAGAGAAUUGGGUUUAAUCCAAUGGAUUGUGCUGCUACUCAAUAA